AUCAGACCCAUAAAAACAACAAUGUCUGCGCCCAUAUCACAUGCAUGAGAAACAUUUUCAUUUAGUGACAACAGUCUAAAUGGAGGAUUGUCCGUGCAAAAGGAAAAAGUUGGACGAUGAUACCGAGAAUUCGAGGACUAUGUCAAGCAAUGGCGAAGAGCAAGAAAUAAAAGCAGGGAGUCAGGACAAGGAAUAUUUCCAGAGUUACGCUGAUGUGGGGAUUCACGAAGAGAUGUUGAAUGACGUCGUCAGGACGAACGCCUACAGAUAUGCCAUAUUGAAGAAUUACGAGAAGAUCCGCGGGAAAGUGGUGGCGGAUGUUGGGGCGGGGACGGGAAUACUGAGCGUGUUCUGUGUACAGGCUGGCGCCAAGAAAGUGUAUGCGAUAGAGGGAAGUGCUCUCGCUAAACAGACCAGAUUGGUAGUUGAAGAAAACAAGAUGGCGGAUAGAAUCACAGUACUGCAGGGUAGAGCUGAGGAUGUCAAAUUGCCAGAAAAAGUGGAUGUCAUUGUGAGCGAAUGGAUGGGCUAUGCGUUGUUUUAUGAAUCCAUGUUGCCAUCUGUUCUACAUAUAAGAGACCGCUGGAUGAAGAAAGACGGUGUCAUUCUCCCGUCGUCAGCAUCUCUGUAUAUUGCCCCGUUUUCAGACGACGAAAUUUCAGAAAGAUUGGAAACAUGGAGUGCCAUAAAAGAAAAGUAUAAGGUGUCCAUGGAGUGUAUGAAAACAUACGCAAAACAGAGCUUGUCAUAUGGCGCCCAUGUCCGGUGCAUCUGUCCUGAGGAUGUCAUUGCCCAUGCGUGUCAGUUAGUGAACUUUGACCUCAGUAAAGUGACCGUCCAGGAGGUCACGGACAUCCAGAGGAAUUUCGAGCUGACCUGUUUCGGCUCCUCGGUCCUCCAUGGAUUUGUCCUUUGGUUCACCGUCUCGUUUCCAGAGAACGUCAUUCUCUCUACCUCACCAUAUUCACAAAGUACACAUUGGGGACAGACAUUGUUUUAUAAUGAAGAAGAGUGUGACGUCAGACAGGAUACACAGAUACAAGGAACGAUAACUAUGAAGCCAAAUAAAGCCAAACCCAGAUUCCUCGAUGUUAACAUCGGUUUUCAAAUCGAUAAACACAACAUUCAACAAAAAUCUUAUUACAUGAGUGACAAUAUAACGUGAUGAUUAUUGAUAUUAUAUGUUUCUAUACGUUAUAAAAAUACAUUCAUUGUUGACAAUAACACUUCAAGCUUUUGACAGACAAUGGCUUGUUUUGACAGCAUGUAUCAGUUUUAUACAAACAAUGCUUUGUAUAUAAAGAACUAUACCUUUCA